AUGGCUUUGACAUUGGGUCGACAACAACCAGCUGCACGGCCAAGGGCGGAAGCUGCGAACGCGUCGCAAGAUACUGAUGCUCCAUUGCCAGAUGACAAUGGGGAUAUUAAAGGGACAAAUGGAGGAAGUGACUAUGACGAAAGUGUUAUGGAUUCAUACUCCUUAACCUCGAGCAUUUUGGACUAUCAGUAUGAGAAUGGUCGACGGUAUCCUAGUAAUCGAUCGGUAGUCCUCGAUCUCGGAACAGGGACAGGAAUCUGGGCAAUCGACUUUGCAGAUGAAUUCCCAAGCGCACACGUAGUCGGCAACGAUAUCAGCCCCAUCCAGCCCUCAUGGACGCCUCCCAACGUCGACUUCUUCGUCGACGACUUCGAAAGUGACUGGCUGGAGAAACAAAAUACCUACGAUUUCGUGCACUCCCGGAACCUCGCAGGCUGCGUCAUGGACUGGCCCCGCCUCAUCCGACAAGCCCACACCCACCUCAAGCCCGGCGGUUACCUGGAGCUCCAAGAGAGCGCCGUAUGGGGCUGGAGCGAUGACGGAUCCCUCACCGACGACUCGCCAAUGAUGCAAUACCUAAUGGCGCUCGACGACGCCGGGAAAAAGAUCAGCAGGGACCUCAACAUAUACCAGUACCUGACACGGUGGCUGAUCGACUGCGGCUUCGAGGACGUGCACGAGGCGACGUACUUUCUUCCGUUCUCGCCGUGGCCGGACGAUCACGGUUUGAAGGAGAUCGGGAAGAUUCAGGCGAUUAUGGUGCAGGAUGCGAUUGAGGCGUAUGGGUUAAGGUUGUGUACGCAGGUCUUGGGGUGGAGUCCGGAUCGGACGAAGGUCUUGCAGGGGUUGGUGAGGGAGCAGUUGAAGAAUCCGAGGAUGCAUUCGUAUACGAAGAUUCGGGUUGUUUAUGGGAGGAAACCUUUUUAUUAG